AGGUGUUUUGGAUCGCGCUUUAGGUUACCAAAAACCCCUUCUGAAUAAGUGCCAGGAGGAGAAUCAAGUACAAAACCUUCGCUACCAGGCCCUCGUGGAUGUGCGAGUUCGGUCCCAAGGAAUUUGCGUUUAGCGAAUCCCCCGCGGCCAAGCCACCAUUUCCCGGGGUAAGCUGAUGCGCCGUCCAGAGCGGUGACUCUCGGGGCGUGUGGAGCUAGGCGGGGGCGGGCUGGGUAGGGAGGGGGCCCUGUCUCCCAGGGACGAUGCACACGUGUUCGGCGCUCUAUCUGGAGGGGCUGUGCUUUGCUGUGGGCUGGGGGCCAGGCCGCCCGACUACUGUCUAGGCCGCCGGACACGGCGCGUAAAAUGCACGCGCGUGGGUCGCCACUGAACCACACGCCUCCUGCUAGAUGUGAAUCUAGGCGAACAGCCUUGUUUACCUGGAAUUCAAACCUAACCUGCGUCCCGGACCUCACCGGCCGCCCUUCCUGUGAUGCGCAGGCCGGACCCCGCCGGAGGCGACCGGGGCGGAGCUGAGCCCGCCCAGGGAACGAACGGUCCGCAAGCCCGUCUGCCCCGCGGGCCCCAAGGGCUCAGGCGGCCGGCGGGGCUGGCCUCAUCGCGCCGUUCUGCUCCCCCAACCCGCGGUGGGCCUACCCGCCGUGCUGCCGGCCCGGGCCGCAGAUCACCCGCCCUACGGAGAGAGGCUCCGGGCCCAACGAGCAGACACCCGCGCAGCCGGGGCGAGCGGGAGCGCGCGGGCAGGAGGUGGUUGCGCCUUCCGUUCCCGAGCCCCUCUAGGCGUCGCGGCGGCCGGCGUCUCGAUGGCCGCCUGGGCCGGGGGCGGGGCCUGGGCGUGUCUGGGACGGGGCGCGGAAGGCGGGCGGAGGCGCGACCAGCGCUCUUGUGCCGGACGUUGCGCGGCCGCGACGCCAGACGCCGGAGCGGACGCGGCCCUCCCUGCUUGGUGUUACCUCGCGUCCGGCGCGGCCCCGCGAGACGCCGUCGCAUUUAUGUGGAAAAUAUGGGGAGAGAAAACGAGACAUCCAUUGUUGAUUUUGUCCUCCUUGGACUCUUCCCGGGAACGAGGCAUGUCGAGUUCCUGAUCUGUACCAUUCUCCUUGUCUAUGUUGUUGCCAUCACAGGAAACACCAUCUUGAUCCUCCUCCUCUCCCUGGAGCCCCAGCUUCACAGCCCCAUGUACUUUCUGCUCAGCCAGCUGUCCCUCAUGGACAUCUUUCUCAUCUCCACGACAGUCCCUAAGAUGCUAACCAACUUUUUCUCAGGGACAUCAGAUAUUUCCUACACUGGCUGUGGAAUUCAGAUGUAUUUACAUUCUGCCCUUGGAGGCAGUGAAUGUAUUUUGCUCACCCUUAUGGCCUAUGACCGAUACAUUGCUAUUUGUAACCCCUUGAGAUAUGUGGUCAUCAUGAAUUCUGAAGUUUGCCUGCAGAUGGCCGUCAUGUCCUGGUUAGGGGGUGCAUUUAAUUCCCUAGUGCAAACCACAUAUACUAUGCAUUUUCCCAGAUGUGGCUCAAGAAAAGUACACCAUUUCUUCUGUGAGCUACAGGCAGUCCUCAAGCUGUCAUGUGAAGACACUUCUACUUAUAAUAAAGUUGUGUUUGUGAUUGGUAUCAUCUUUCUCCUCACCCCUUUUGGCCUCAUUCUGACUUCUUACAUUUUUAUUUUCCUCAGUGUUGUCCACUUAAAUUCUUCCAAGGCAAGAAAUAAAGCUCUUGCCACGUGCUCUUCCCAUCUGAUGGUGGUGUUUCUCUACUUUGGUCCAACCAUGUUCAUCUACAUGAUUCCCAGCUCCUUGCACACUGCAGAGCAAGAUGAGGGGCUGUCUGUGUUCUACACCAUCCUCACCCCCAUGAUGAACCCCCUCAUAUACAGCCUAAGGAACAGGGAGGUAGGAGAGGCUUUGCGGAAAAUCCUGGGAAAAGCCUGAGUAUGAAAUAAGAAUGGCAACAUUGAGAGUUUCUAAAUUCAGCCAGCAAAGCCAUGACUUCUUUGUGGAUAAGAAUAUAUGCCUUAAGUUAUCAAUUUUUAACUGUGUGUAUAACAUGAAAAUCAUCAGAAUAUUUGUAAUUAUCUAACUGAGCGAUAUGUAAUUUGCCCCCAUGCUUCAGAAAUGUAGAUAUUACUUUGCUAAUUUUGUUCCUGUCAAGCUAUGAACUAUUGGGUUUAUAGCCAAUCUGCUAUGACAAAAAUAAGUUUCCUUAUUUACUAUCAAGCAGACUUAAAAUCAUCCCCAAAGGGCAAGUCCAUGAUUCUUCCACACCUUACUCCUGUCUGCAAAUGACAAUGGUCAUAAUUACCUACACUCUGGCACCAGGAAAAUUUUCUUCAACUAGACUAUAAGACAGUCCAUUCAUUUGAGAACUAAGGGAACACAUGGAAUGUAUCUGGGUGAGACUUGCAGUAAACUUUAAGCAUUUUCUUCCAUAAUUGUGUUCUUUCCAUGUAAGUGGAAAUUUCAGGUCAAUUUAUACAGCAACUAAAAUAAUAUAUUUUAUUCUAGAUAUCCUGCUUUGUUUACAAGAGAAAAAAAUCAUAUUCCUUAAGA